ACUGCUGGGCACCAAUUCUGUUUUUACAUUAAGUGCUACAUUACAGUAAGCCUCAUGCACUGACUGCGAAGCUUACAAACCAGACGCUGGGUACAGAAAACACUCGAUAGCCAUGUUGCUCUUGCCACAGUCCUUUUCAAGUCUGUUAAAGAAUAACGAUUAUCUACAGAAGUUGUUCAUUUGCUGCAGUGCCAUCCAUACUCAUCACGGCAUACCACGGUACUUCGCCAACCGAGCCCAAAGGAGGAAGGCUAGGUUUUGGGAGCGUAAUUUCUGUGCUGUGUCCUGUAGGCACGCUGAGCAAGUAUUGGGACAACAAACCGGUGUGAACUAUGCUAAGAAAGCUACAAUGUGUAGUAGUUCAUCCAGUGGCCAGGACAUGACCAACUGGUUGUGGUCUAUAUACAACGAAACCAAAAAACAGACGGAAGCCCUGAUUCCAGAGAUAUCUAAGAACAGUGUGAACCCCAACACCAUCUUUGCCAACAAUGAAAUGAGCCUGGACAACAUUGAGAUCUAUGGGUUUGAUUAUGACUACACUCUGGCCUUCUACUCCAGACGCCUUCACACACUCAUCUUCAACAUUGCCAGGGACAUCCUCAUCCAGGAACACAGGUACCCUGAGGGCCUGCAGGAGUAUGAGUACACCCCCGACUUUGUCAUCCGGGGACUCCACUACGACGUCCAGAAGGCCUUACUGAUGAAGAUAGAUGCCUUUCACUACAUCCAGCUGGGAACAGUCUACAGGGGUCUUCACCCGGUGCCAGACAAGGAGGUGAUUGCCAUGUACGACGGCUCCCACGUCCCUCUGGAGAACAUGAGUGACUUCUAUGGCAAGAGUUCCCAUGGACACACUAUGAAACAGUACAUGGACAUCUUCUCCCUUCCAGAGAUGAACCUGCUGUGUUGCGUCAAUGAUUACUUCAUGAAACACAACAUCGACUACGAGCCUGUCCAUCUGUACAAAGACGUCAAGGCAGCGAUAGGAGAUGUCCAUGUGAAGGGUAUUUUGUAUCGGGCUGUGGAGGCAGAUAUCGAGAACUAUAUUUCCUAUGGUGAGCAGACUCAUGCCGUUCUAAAGAAACUUUAUGAGGACGGCAAGAAGAUGUUCCUCAUCACCAACAGCCCCUUUGACUUUGUUGACCGAGGAAUGAACUACAUUGUGGGGACGGAAUGGAGAGAGCUUUUUGACAUCGUCAUCGUGCAGGCAGACAAACCUGGCUUCUUCAACGACCGGAGGAAGCCUUUCAGGAGAGUAACCGAUAAAGGGGUUCUGCACUGGGACAGAAUUCACAAGCUGGAAAAAGGGAACAUCUACAAACAGGGAAACUUGUAUGAGUUCCUGAGACUGACUGGCUGGAGGGGAUCCAAGGUGCUGUACUUCGGAGACCACAUCUACAGUGACCUGGCUGACCUGACCCUGAAGCACGGCUGGAGGACAGGGGCCAUCAUUCCGGAGCUGAGGAAAGAGGUCAAGAUCAUGAACACCAAGGAAUACGUCCACCUCAUGACCUGGCUGCAGGGCCUGACGGGACUCAUCGAACACAUGCAGGUCCACAGAGAUCCCGCGUCUCAAGCUGUCGUUCAGGAAUGGAUCAAAGAGAGAGAAGCUAUGAGAUCCCAAACUAAGAACAUCUUCAACGCCCAGUUCGGGAGCCUCUUCAGGACAUACCACAAUCCCACCUACUUCUCUCGGCGCCUGUCUCGUUUCGCUGACAUCUACAUGGCCUCCCUCAGCUGUCUACUGAACUACGACUUCCAGCACACCUUCUUCCCCCGACGGACGCCCCUGCAGCACGAGUCCCCUUUCUGGCCGGAGCAGACCAGCGCAGGAGCAAUGAACAUGCCCUUCGUACCCCACAGAAACACAGUUGAAGAUUAGAGAGGGGGGAGGGUCUCCGUGUGAGUAUGAAGGACCGUGUUCACUGAGGCACAGCAUCUGGACCCAGAGCUCUCUGAGGAUGUGGUUCAGAGUUUAGAAAAUCAUACGUGUCUCAGUUUGUUUGAAUCGAUCAUUUAUGUAAGUUGGCGACCGGCAGAGUAAUGUAUGUUAAGUGUGUUGCCCUCAAUUCAAAAUACCGUCCUGAGAUGGGGUUUUGGACCUGAUUGGCUCUAUCUUAGAGACCUUUCACAGGGUUCUGGACCUGAUUGGCUCUAUCUUAGAGACCAAUCGCUGGGUUCUGGACCUGAUUGGCUGUAUCAUGAAGAACAUCUGUCUAGUGCUGCUUUUCUCAUUCACUUAAGCUCUGAUGAUGCACUGCUUUAAAACUGUGCCAUGACAUCUGAAUCAAUCAAAUGUGUUUCAUGAAGCCCUUUUUACAUCAGCAGUUGUCCCAAAGUGCAUAUGCAGAUACCCAGCCUGGAAAACCAUAAGAGGAUUCAUGUGGAAGUGUUGGCCAAACUCAAUCACUUAAAAGGAUAAAAACAAUGUCUGAAAAUAAAUGUGCUAAAGCAGCUCAUUUAUUUAAAACAACAGUAGCCAAGUACAUUAACAACAUAUAAAAUUGGAAGCUGAAAUGGUUCUGCCCACCUCCCAGCCUUGAACACUAUCUAACAUUGCAGGUGAUCUAAUUAUUAUUCAAAUCAGCUGUUGCAAUUAGCCGCCUCAUGAAAGCUCCGCAUAUAGGCAGCAAGUUGAGGCAAUUAUAUGUAGAGGUUGUUGGACAUAUUAACUUUGAGAACUGUUAAAGGCAUUUAAGUUCAUGAGAGUACAAAAAAAAAAUCCAUACUUGAAAAAAUGAUGACUGUACCUCCUGUCGUCUUAUGUAGGUCUUAAUUGGACACCAAGUUGAAACCAAACAUCUGGAGACACUUGGCCUUCAAUGAAAUGAAUACGGGCACCCGUUGUUUAAGACGUUAGAAAGUAAUACAACAAAUACGUGUGUUGAUCUUGUAAAGUAGUGAAUUAGUUAACUAGUUUAGUUACUGCUACCUGUGAGUAUUUCGAUUCAUCUUGCUACCCUUUAUAUUAAGAUAGUAUUGGGAUGUUAUUUACUAUAAUGUGCCUUUGGAAAUUAUUCCUGAACCCAUCACUUUCUCCAAAUUUUGAUUCAAUAUAUAUAUUCUUUGCAGUCCAUCUACACAUGGUACCCCAUAAUGUCAAAGCGAAAACCCAUUUUUUUCUUCACACAAAAACCCAGCUGUCAUCAUGGGUUUUUGUGUGAAGAUUGAUGGGUAUAUAUAUAUUUUUUAUUAAGAAUGUAGUGUACAAUACAAUAGCAUGUGGCGAAAAUGAAAGGACCUGAAUGUCUCUCAAGAAACCGUAUGUGUAAACAAGAGGGUUAUUAAGAGAUUUAUGACCACCUAUAAAUCAUGUGGCAUUGACAUCUUUAAGAUCACAAAAAGUCCAGACUCCUUGUAUAAACUAGCACAAGAUUUCUGGGGUGGAGCUAAAUUGCUUAAAAAAAAAAAAUGUGUCUUGACAUUUUCAAGACUUGCCUUAAGCUUGUAACACUGUAGAUGGUAUCUUAGUGAUGCUUUUGGCUUAGAAUAUAAUAUUAAGAGUUAUUCUACCUGACAUCAUAUUUUCUCAAAUUCCGUAUGCUGUUAUCAACAGUCCUUACAACUGUUCAUUAGAUAUGUACUAACCAAUCACGUUCCUAGCGCUCCGAUGAAACUUGUGGUCAGUUUACAAGAGAUUUUUUCUAUUUCUUAUUGAAAAAGGGUAAUAUGCUGUAUUUACACAUUUUUCAUCAUCGUCCAUUGUUUUCUGCUUUUAAAAAAACAUUCUAAUUUCAUUAUUUAUAUAAAUAUACAUUUGUUUUGAAAUUAUUGACUAUUUUUGGAAUGCAAAUGUAAAAUUUCACAAUGCAAAAAUAGUUGCAUUUGUUUGUGAAGGAUACUAACAAGACAAUGUUUGUUUAUAAUUGUUGAUGCAGCAGGAAUGUUUUAGAAAUAUAUUUAUAUAUUUUUUGAGAUAUUGUUAAUCAUUUAAGAAAGGAAAAGCCGUCUUGCCAGAAAUAUCCUGUUGAGAGCUUUUAUCCAAAGCUUGUAUAAUUUAAGUAAAUGUUCAUGAAUCUUUACUUAUACCUUUAACUUAUUUUUCUUUGGAGUGUAUUUUCAUUUAAUUAUUUAUUAAAGAUGACAAUGGGUUGACCUUGUUCCUGUUUUCUGUUUAAUGCCUGCCCAUGAUUUGUAUUUACCACAACCAGGUUGAUCUUCAAGAAACCACUGUGUCCUUGCUUGAGAGAAGAAUAAGGACAGGAAAU